AUGCCUGGAAUAACGAGCACGAAUGACGCGGAUUCUCCAGUUCGAAUUGUCGUAACCCCUUCACAGUCUUCGUUCUUUGCGGGGGAAUCCUUCUCUGUAACCAUAACCUUCACCAAUACGCGAUCAACAGAGGCGGGUCCGUCGAAACCGACCCCUCAUUCGCACAAACGAGGAGCACACUCUAUAAGUUCAGCACCUCUCGCUCGACCGCCUACUUCUCCUGGUACACCGCGUAGCGCCGCCAUACAUACCCCAGUUCGAUCCAAAGUGGUCGAAGAAGUGCCCCGCAGGAAGGGUUUCAUAGGGAAGGGAAAACCCCUGUCAAGUUCGGAGACACUACCUGACUUGAUUGAGCAGAGGAGAAAGAAGCAAUUGGUGCCUAAAGCUCUCUCUGUUUCUAUAACUCCGUUUGAGUUGGAGGGCCAACUCGCGGAUGGGGUCACGUCACUAUCGGCACCAUACUCUCAACGAUCGUUCAUCCAGAGUGCGUCCUCUUCAACCCCAACUACCCCUCAUGUAUCUUCCCCUUUGGCACGUACGGAUUCACUCCCAUUGGCUUCCAAUCACCCCCAUGCAAGGAAACAGUCCCUUCUGGAUGGCCAGUUUUCGCUGGACGUUUUGUCACCGACGACUUCUACACCACCCUUACCAUACACGCCUACUUCGUCCACAUCCACUUUUUCACUAGCCCUUGAUCCCAUCGCAGAGGCAACGAUGUCGCCAUAUCCUUCCACCCCAGCCAUUGGAUCACCUACCAUUGAACCGGUUUCAUUCACACCUCAUACUCCCACAGCCGAUGUACCUUCACCCAACUCCGUGUACGCGUACCCACCUCCAAGGCCAACCAACCACCGCCCAACACCCAUUGGUCUCGGUCAGCCUUCCAACUCUCCGCGGGGGUACUUACAUCCACCACGUUCUGCUUUUGCGACUACCUUCCCACCGCCCAACACAGAGUUGAUCCUAUACUCUUAUGCCCAGCUCUCCGGAACAAUUCAAAUCACCCCGGUACCGGGAGCACUGCCCACACCCGAACAAUCGCAAACUUUAAACGCAGUGCGCGGCGCCCUUCUCAGUCGCUCCGUGUUAGGCGGCGGCAGCAUGGACAUCACAUCCACCAUGAGCGCCACGUCGCCCGCGUCGCCCAAACCACGGCUUCGGCAAACGCACAGUCGCUCGUCGUCAUUCUCCGCCGGACUUUUAUCCAUCCUCUCACCUACGUCAUUGGUGUCAUCAAUCGCGAGCCCGUCACCGCCUGCGUCUGCGACGCACUCGCGAAGCGGGUCGAUGAGGUGGCGAUCGACAUCCUCGACGGCCAUGCCACUGGCUGCAACACCGACAUCUGCACGAUUUCCGAACAGCAGCAGCAGUCCCAGUGUACUCGCGUUUGGGAACACGUCCGGGCAAGAGUUUGAUCCCGAGGAGCCGUUACCGACCUUUGAGAUACAACCGGCGAUGUUGGCUGUCGAUUUGUCGCUUGCGCCGGGGGAAUCUCGCAGCUAUACGUAUACUGUCAAACUUCCGGACAAUUUGCCACCCACUUUCAAGGGCAAAGCUCUAAAGUUUAAUUAUGAACUUAUCGUGGGCACCUGCCGGGCAGGUCCUUCAGGAGGAAGCGGAGGUGGGGUCAGUGCGAAUAGCAUCAGUCGCGUGAUGAAAGUUCCAGUGCGAAUUUACAACCACGUCGCUGUUGGUCAUUCCAUGAAACCGUAUGAUCUGCUGUGGCCGGUCAGCCGUAGACAGGAUGCUGGUAUGCCUGGUACAGAGGCCAAGGUUGAAGAGGAAGGAAACGAACUUGACAGGCUUUCGUCGGGCGUAGCUCGACUCCCUGCGUCCUCGACACCUUCAUCAUCCGCUUCGACUAAUACACGUGAAUCAAUACAAGAAUAUGCGCGAUCGCUAUUGGCUUCGUUGCCAGAACCUGUUCCGCAGGAAGAUGGUGGUUCUUCAUGGUCCUCGACCGAUGGUGUGCUAGAUGGCCAGGGAGAAAAAAUGAUUAACACGCGAAGAGCCGAGGAACUUCGAAGGACAGAGAGUGAAAGGGAGCGCGUGGAGGAAGUUAAUUUAACGGGAUGUCGAGAGGCUGUGGAAAUUUUGACUCGAAAUCCCAAAAAAGCUUCAUAUGAUGUUAAUAAGGAUGGAGUCAAAGUUGCUGUUCUUACUUUCACAAAAUCUGCGUAUCGUCUUGGGGAGACUGUGACAGGAGUGGUGGAGAUUAAUGAACGAACAAGCAGAGCUCGAGUUCUAAAGUUGUCAGCCAUUCUUGAAUCCCAUGAGACAUUACCUUCAACAAUAUCACCUCCAUCAAGUGCAAAACAUCUUCGCCGAGCGCAUGCAGAAUCGCACUGUUCAUUCACCCUUAACACCCUCCGUACGACUUUUUCCCUCGACAUCCCGUCAGAUGCCAGUCCUGCUUUCCAGGUCCGCGUCGGAACACCAGUCAGCUCUCCUUCAUCCCCACAUCACACGCAGCCGCCGACACCAGGGGGUUUGGAAUGGAAAGUCCGCCUGUGUUUGUUAGUGGGUAUAGCUUCAGAGACGUCACACACCGGUGUCCAAAACGUGCGCUUCAAAAGUCUCAUGCGGGACGGUCCGCGGGGGGAAUGGGGUUCGUCAUGGCGCGCGACUCCUGGGAACGCGCCCCUAGAAAAACCGAAUCUGAAACUUGAAGCGGCGCGCGCACAACAACAACAACGCGCCGCCCAGCAACUGUCCUCUCCCCGAGCGUGGUCACGGUUUAUUGUAUCGUCCAUCCUAUAUGGAUCGCAGAGCAAUGACACCGCGGAGAGGGAGUAUCAUGACGGUGAUGUUUUAGAUACUGACGAGGAAGAUGGGGACUUGUUUAGCGGGGACGCUGAUGGCGAUGGUUAUGAUGGGAUUAUCCCUGACCUUGCGGGUGGUGUUGGGGUUGGGGUGGAUUUCUCUGGUGGGGAGGAAGGUUGGCGGAAUGUGAAGCUCGAAACUGUGGAAUGUGAGGUGCCUGUGAAGGUGUUCCCUGGGAAUACUGCUUUCAAGGCGCUGGAUGUCGUAUUUGAUGUCUGA